GCCUGUAUGAGUUGCAGUGCCAAAGUGGGAGUGUACUUAAAACAAACAUCCCGAGUUCUAGACGAUCAGUUGAGCCUGGUUCCGGCACAGGGCACCGAGGAUUUCAUUUGCGCCCGUUUAUUCAAAGAAAAUUGCGUGAAACAUACCCAGAAGAAAUUGUCCAGAAAGUAAAUAAUGUCCCUCGUCAGCUCAGUGCUUGGGGAUUUGGCUGAAGGAUUCAGCCUCCCCAUUACGAGGAGAGGCCUCUUCUCCCAGGAUGAUUUCUUCCAGGGCUUCCAGAAGGACUACAGCAGCGCCGUAGAGGACGUGCUGAACCGGUGGGGAUCGAGAGCGUCCAAGGCAGAUCGGUUCGCUUCCUACAAACGCCUCCGGGAGAGAGAUGCCUCCGACGAUAGCAAGGCCGCGACCAUUUCGGAAACGGAAGGCGCCUAUGUGAUCGUCAUUGACAUGAGCGACUUUGCCAACGGCGAAAUAACAGUGCAGACCGUUCAGUGUUCAGCUGUCGUCGAAGGUAAAUAUGGAGACAGGACCUACAAGAGAAGCUUCCCUUUGCCAAAUAACACAGUCAUUGACGGUGUGAAAGCUGACCUCUCAGACGACAAUAUCCUCACUGUUACCGCUCCUAGGAAGGGUAGAGCUGUCGCCAUCGGCACCUCUGACUCCACAGGAAGUGCAUCCACUGGGACUUCCCAGGCAGGCGUUUCGUCCAUUGAAGCUCAGAUUAUUCCCACAGAAUGUCAAAGUUCUCUUUCAUCCUCCUGCACAACCACAAAAGGAAGGCCGAUUCCUAUGACCCUCGAGGGAGAAUCAGCUGUUGCCUCCACUGCAGCACAAGUUGUGAAAAAUGAGGCCCUAUCUACAGAACGCAGGUCCUCCCAAAGCAGGAUCAUCCCUCUCAAUAUAGAAGGCGAGACAAGCUCUACCACAUCUGCGGCAACCACUACAGAAACCACCAAGGAGGUCUCUGAGAGAAUUAUUCCAACAGCUGUUCAAGAACAGCAAGGAUACAGGACCAUGACGUCGUCAUACCAGAACAGGGUACUCCCCAUCAACAAGCGAGGGAGGUUCUUCCAGGACGCUGCCUUUGAGAACGUCUGGAGAGACUUCGAGACCGCCAUCGACGAACUAGUAACUCGAAGGGGCUCGCGCGCUGGAAUGGAGGAUGACCGGGACCAAUUCCAGUCUUACAGAAACCUGCGUGACAUAGUUCAGCAAGAUGAUAACCAGGCAGCGACUGUCUCCAAAGAGAACAAUGAAUGUAAGAUUGUCGUGGACGUCAAAGAUUUUGUAGAUGGCCACCUUGACGUGAAAGCAAUAGAGGGCGUGAUCAUCGUAUCGGGAAAGAAAGGACACUACACCUUCGAGAAGCGCUUCACGGUCGCUAGUCUCAAGCAGCCCGACAAAGUGACGGCGGCAAUAUCUGCCGACGGUGUCCUUACAAUAACUGCUCCUCUGUUUUAGAAUUGCAAAUCGAGGCCCCUUGCUGGAGUCCUUGCCAUCACAGCUUCUCUGAAAAUGUAUUAAAAAACUAAAGACCAUUCCAAAAGAUGAAUGAACCGAGAAUAUCAGUAAUCUGCCGGGGAGGUCCUCUACAAUCAUAGCUCUACUGUAAAGGACCUCCAGCGCCAAGGGCCUUUGCAAAACUGAAGGAUGCCUAAAAAGUCCAUUUCAGCUGAUAUUUCAACAUUAUGACUCCUCAAUAAAGUAGAAAAGGGGCCCCUUGCAAACAGGAAAACUCCCAGAAAGUUAGCAUCGGUCAUCAUUGUCAAUAUUCUGGUUCCACCAUAAAUGAACUUCAUAAUUAAAGACCGUCACUGACUGGGAAUAAAUUUUUUAAAGCCAAAAUCGAUGUGGUCUUCAGAACAUCAAAACACAGCACCAUUGCAAAUGAACCUCAACGAUGAAGGCCAUUGCAAAAACAUCGACGCAAAUUUCUUAGCCUACGGUCUUUGCCAAACUAGAUUUUUAAAACGGAGGGCCCUCUCAAAAUCGGACAAAUCAACUGAAAUUCUUCAAUUUGUGCCUCUGUUUUCAAGAGCUUGCUUAUCUAUCAGAGCAACUGAUUUUGACAAACAAAACUUUUGACCAAGUCCGCAAAAUUCUCAUGGAAUCCAUUCGUGCUGAAAAAUUCCGUUGAAGACGAUCUCAGUAGUUUAAAAAGAGAAAGUAAGAUAUUAUCAACUUUUGAAUUGAAUAGUAAAAAUAUCUAGAAGAAGCAGGUGAAAAGCAAGUGUAUUCGCUGAAAAAAAAAAUGGACAGAAGACUUAAUUCGGUGUCAGAAAAAGUAAUCUUAACAAAAACAUGGAUGACAAGAGCGAUGGAGAUAACUGAAACAUUAAUAUUACCCAAAGGAAUAAGCACGUUCGUCAGAAAGAAGAUAAUGAAGUGUCUAGUAAGCAUGCGAAAUGGGUUCGUAUCUUCAAAUUCACUUCUUGCUUAAAAUUUGAAAAGCACCAUGAGCUGUGACCCUUGCAGCAUACAUUAGGGCUGCAGUGUAAGCAGCAAUGGAGCACAACGAAGCCCAAUAUGCAAGUUUAAAGAAGAUGCCUCAUCUGUCUGCCGAAUUGACGCACUUUUAAUCGCCGUCGAGUUAGAAGAUUCGAGAUUUGUAUAUUUUAGUAAAUUUCAAUUCUGAC